CAUGCAUAUAAAAGUAAUACUAUUUGCUUUAAUAAUCUCCUGCACCUUCUCCAGAUAAAUCAGACCCAGAAAGUCGAACUUAAUGCAUAUACCCUUGGUCUAAAAAGGUUAAAGAGUUCAAGAUGCUAUCAAAUCGACUCUACAUGCAGACACCAAAAUAUCCUUUGAGUUGAGUCGCGAAGACAAACAACAAAUUAAAAAUUAAAAUACUCUUCUAGACCAUCUCGACAGACUUUAAUACGCCUAUUAGAUCACUUAUAUUCCAUUAAGGUAAUAAAUAUCCAAUAUCCUCCCAAUUAGAAAUUCAUACAAUGCUCAGUAUUUUGGUAAAAUAGAGUUAGGUUAACCAGAGUAAACCUUUGAUGUUUUGUUUGAUACAGGCUCAUCAUAUACGUAGAAUCCUUAUAAUUUAAUUUAGAUGGGUGGCUUCAAGUGACUGUCAUACUUGCAAAAAAGCAGGAGUGAAAGAUUUUUUUGAUUGCGAGGCUUCAGACAGUUGUAAAUAUCUUUAAAAGAAGAUAAAAUUAUAAUAUGGUACUGGUAAGGCUGAAGCGUAGUUUAUGGUUGAGAAUUUGAAGAUAGGUUCUUUAUUAAUUCGAAAUUAAACUAUGUUAAUUUUGGAUGAAUUAACAGAAUUAAAAAAAUUUGAAGGAGAUGGCUUAGCAGGACUUGGCUUUGAUACUUUGAGUGAUGGAUAUCCAACAUUAAUUGAUAAUUUAUUCAGUCAAAAUUAAAUAGAAAAAAAGGUUUUUGUUAUUUAUCUAAGUUAGGAAUUUUCAAUUUACCUUACAGACGAAAACCUUAAGGAUGAUGAGUCAUCUAAAUUAAUUUUAGGUGGGCAAUUAGAUAGUCUUGGAGAUCCAAAUGAUUAAUGGCAUUACUGUUAAGUGAUAAACAAUAAGUAUUGGGCUAUACAAGGAGAUCACGUGGCAUUUGUAUCGAAAGAUGGCGAUACAAGGAGAACAUUAAAAUCUAUUCAGCCAGUCCAUAAUGCCUAAGAUGAAAAGAGCGAUAUUUUAUACACAUCUCUUUUCGUUAUAGAUUCAGGAACCUCACUAAUAGUCUUAUAUGAAAAGGAUCAUUAGAGAUUGGUUGAGUACUUACAAGAUUUUGGAAUUAAGUGUUUUGACAGUCUGCAAUUCGAAGGAAUAACCUAAUGUGAUCAAGCAGAUAUUGAUGAAUAUCCCAACUUCGAAAGUAUUGUUUUUAUGUUUAUUCUAUUAGUUAGUUUAUGUGGCAAAGUAUUUACAAUUACACCUGAUAAGUAUCUCUUAUGUUCAUUUUUCGAAUGCUAUUUGAUGAUUGCACCUUUUGAUCAAAAAGUUUCAAUCUUAGGGGAUCUGUUCAUUAGAGAAUACUACACUCAUUUCAUUUAGGAUGUAUAUAUUUAUGUAUUGACUAAUAUUAGGAACCAAGAAGGGUUGGUUUUAUAAAAGCAGUAUAAAAUUGA